AUGAAUAACAUGGUCGAUUGGCGUGUUGUAUUAAAAGAUUAUGUUCUAAAGAAUGCUCGUCAAAAUGAUAUUCAAAAUGUAAUUGAUACUAUUGAUAAAUUUUGUUGGACUGAACAUGAACUAAUGAAUAUUGGUGAUCGGAAAGGGAAAAUACUUGAUCAAGCUAUUCAAGUCAAACAACCAAAAACUGUUCUUGAACUUGGUACUUUUCUUGGUUAUAGUUCUUUAAGAAUUCUUUCUCAAUUACCCGAUAAUGCAGUAUUCAUUACACUUGAAGCCAAUUCUCAAUCCGCCGAAAUAGCUCGUUCUAUACAUACAUAUGCCGGCGCAGCAGAUCGAAUAAAAAUUGUCAAUGAUCUUUCGCAAAAUGUUAUUCCACAUUUAAGCGAACAGUGUCAUAUUGAUACGCUGGAUUUUAUAUUUUUUGAUCACGAGAAAAAUAUUUAUUUACGUGAUUUAAAAAUGCUUGAAGAUGCCGGAUUAAUCAAAAACGGAACUGUGCUACUUGCAGAUAAUGUGAUUUUUCCGGGUGCACCAGAUUAUUUAGAAUAUAUUCGAAAUAAUCCAAAUUAUACAACAACAUUUCACGAAGCAAAACUAGAAUAUCGAGAAGAUAUUCGUGAUGGUAUUGAAAUAUCGAUUCGUAAAUGA